AUGGGAUGUGAAGGUUUUGGAACAGUAUACUUAGUCCAGUCUGACUCAUUAGGUGAUGUGGCCAUUAAAGAAGUAGAAUCAUUAACAGAUAAAAUGGAUCGAAAGUCUUUUAUUAAUGAGCCAGACAAAAUUCAAUUGGCAAGACAAUUAGCAGAUGGAAUGUCUUAUCUUCAUGAUAUAGAUAUCAUGUAUCGUAAUUUGUACACUGCAGACAUUCUUAUUUAUAAAGAUGUCAAAAUUUCAGAUUUUGGAUUGCCAAAAAAUCUUAAUACCAUGGCAGUAACUACUACUAGUAAAGACUUUUAUAGAGUAAUCCCUUUUAUCGAUCCUUGUAUACUUGAAAACAAAACCAAAGUUCCAAUUUCGAUCUCCCAUUCAAAAUUAUUCAAGGUACAUGAAAAACCAAUCAUAGGAAUACAUGUACAAUAUAUUACUAUUUAUUUGAAAUGCUGGGAUUAUAAACCGGAUAAAUGCCCCUCAAUGACAAAAAAUUUUCAACAAUUAAAUUCCUUAGAAUUGGAUCCCAAAUAUGAUGAUACUGCUUAG